UUGAAUGCCCCUGCAACAUAACCGACGUUUGCUUCCUCCGUCACACUCUUCACAGAAUCCAGACUCGUUUGGUGGUCCACUCGUUGGUCUCAAAGGCCCUUAAAUCUUGCCUCUGUCUUCAUCAAAAGCUGGUAAUACUUUACACGUGAAUGAUAUUAAGCUCACGAUGUAGCCCCUUGAAUUAUUGACCCGCAAAUGGAGAACCCCAUCACCAGAAUCUGCGUUCAUCAUCUCUGGUUUGCGAUUCUCGUCUCUUUUCUCUUGUUCUCUAUUCUUCUCUGUUUUGAUUACUCCACUACCUUUGAUGGGUUCUCUUUCCCAGUCUACAAACAAGAAACCCCAUCUGUUAUCAUGAAGAACAAGACCAGUAACGAUGCAGAUUCUUCCUGCACUGGUCGAUAUGUUUAUAUCCACGACCUCCCCACUCGGUUUAACCAUGACUUGCUCGAGCAUUGCCCGGUCCUCACGAGAGGAACUGAUGAACCCAACAUGUGUCCGUACAUGAAGAACUUGGGUUUAGGUCCGGAGAUUCGGAAUGAUAUUGAAGGGAUCUUGACCAACAGGAGCUGGUAUUUCACUAAUCAGUUCUUGUUAGAGGUAAUUUUUCACAACAGGAUGAAAAAUUAUAGGUGUUUUACCAAUGAUUCGUCCUUGGCUUCUGCAAUCUUUGUUCCUUUUUAUGCCGGUCUUGAUGUGAGUCGCUUUCUCUGGGACUCUAAUCUCACAGUGAGAGAUUCUUCUGGUUUCGAUCUUGUUCAAUGGCUCGCCAGAAAACCCGAAUGGAAGAAAAUGUGGGGUAGGGAUCAUUUUCUGGUUUCGGGGAGAAUAUCUUGGGAUUUUAGAAGACAAUAUGAUAAUGAAUCUUAUUGGGGCAGCAAGUUCAGGUUUUUCCCUGAAUCCAUGAACAUGUCAAUGUUAGCGGUAGAAGCAAGUUCCUGGAAUAAUGACUAUGCAAUACCGUACCCAACCUCCUUCCAUCCCUCAAAGAAGGAAGAGAUUCUGGAGUGGCAGAACAGAGUCAGACACCAAACGAGACCGUACUUGUUCACUUUCACUGGAGCUCCAAGGCCGGAACUUGAAAACUCCAUUAGAGGAAAGAUCAUAGACCACUGCAGAGCUUCCAGUGCGUGCAGGUUCAUGGAUUGCAGCGAUGGCGGAGAGAAAUGUGACAACACCAUUAAUGUUAUGAAGGUGUUUGAACAGUCAGUCUUCUGCUUACAGCCACCGGGUGAUUCAUACACCAGAAGAUCCAUUUUUGAUUCCAUGUUAGCCGGGUGCGUUCCAGUAUUCUUUCAUCCAGGCACCGCUUAUUCACAGUAUUUAUGGUUUUUUCCCGAGAACAGGACCAAGUACUCUGUGUACAUUCCUGUGAGGGAUGCGAGGGAAUGGAAUGUCAACGUGGAGAAGGUACUGCUGGGAAUAUCAGAGGAAGAAGUACAUGCAAUGAGAGAAGAGGUAAUAAAGCUGAUUCCAAGAAUAAUUUAUGGAGAUCCAAGGUCAAAGCUGGAAGAGUUCGAAGAUGCAUUCGACGUUGCUGUACAAGGUAUGAUAGAAAGGAUAGAGCAAGUGAGGGAGAUAAUUAGGAAUGGAGGAGAUCCCAGUGUUGGAUUUGCAGAGGAGAAUCAUUACAAGUAUACAUUUUCAGAUAAUUAAAAUUAAGAGUAGAGGCAAACGGCUUUGAGGAGGACAUAGAAGGCAUAAAUUGCAUUAGUUAUAGGAAGUAACUUUUAAGAUAGCGAUGGAUGAUAUGAUUAAUUGUGUAAAUAUAGUAAUAUUUAGACGUUAAGCAUGUCAGGUUAUGGCUGUGAGUGAGGAAGGGCAGAUAAUAGGCAUGCAUGGAAAGAGUAUGGGGGUAAAUGGGUAAUGUCAUAGGGAUGGGGAAGAAAGAGGCGUCGGUGGGCGCCGACAGGGGAUAUGGUAUCCAUGUGGCCAAACAGACCUAAUCCCCAACCCCCCCUCCUUUUCAACCUCAAUCUUCGCCUCCGUUUAAGCAGCUGUCACAAUCUUCCCAUAUUAUGGAGUUCCAAACCCCCACAUCAUUCCUUCAUAUGUC